AUGAAGACGACGGAGCCUUUGCUUAGCCACAAAGACGGCAAUGGUGACGUCACCGCCGCCUUGUUGUUCGCCACCUCUGCCGCCGUCUUCGCCUCCUUUAGCCUCGGCUGCGCCGCGAGCUACUCGUCGGCAGCAAAGGAUGGGAUCAAGGAAGAGUUGGGGCUCUCCCUUGCAGAGUAUUCGGUUUUCGGCUCGUUUUUAACACUCGGAGCAACCAUCGGUGCUUUAUUUAGCGGAAACAUAACGGAUUUAAUCGGUCGAAAGCCGACGCUAUGGUUCACCCAAUCACUCUUCAUCAUCGGUUGGCUCGCAGUAGCGUUUGCUAAGGCUGUUUGGAUAUUGAACUUUGGAAGACUCUGCUCGGGAAUUGCUGUUGGAAUACUCAGUUACGUUAUUCCUGUUUACAUAGCCGAGAUAGCACCCAAAAACAUCAGAGGAAGAUGUAUAUUUGCCAAUCAGUUAUUUCAAAAUUGUGGGAUGGCUGUUGCGUAUGCAAUCGGAAAUUUCGUAUAUUGGAGAUCGUUGGCAUUGAUAAGCGUUGUACCUUGUUUUGUUCAAGCUUUGGCUAUGUUCUUUGUUCCCGAAUCUCCAAGAUGGUUGGCGAAAAAUGGUAGGGAAAAGGAGUUUGAAAAUUCUCUACGAUUCCUCAGAGGAAAGGAUGCUGAUAUUUCUAAAGAAGCCCAAGAAAUUAUUAAUUGGGUUAAAGCACUUGACAAAGUCCCACGAUCGAAGUUUCUAGAUUUGUUUCAGAAGAGAUACAGCCAUUCACUCACGGUGGUAAUCGGAUUAAUGCUUCUGCAACAAUUAAGUGGAAGCUCCGGCAUAGGUUUUUAUGCAAGCUCCAUUUUUCAAAAAUCCGAUUUUCCCGUAAGCCUCGGAUCGACGGCGAUUGCUGUUUUGAUGGUACCAAAAGCAUUUUGGGGUCUAUUUCUUGUGGAUAAAUGGGGACGAAGACCCCUUCUUAUGGUAUCUGCCACAGGAUUGUGCCUGAGUUGUUUGCUUCUUGCGGUUUCCUUUACACUACAGGCAUUGGAGUUAUUGAAGGGAAUCACUCCCAUUAUGGCAUUCGUGGGUGUUGUGGGAUUUACCGCAACAUUUGCAUUAGGAUUUGGAGGACUGCCAUGGAUCAUAAUGUCAGAGAUAAUUCCUCUGAACAUCAAAGUUACAGCAGGAAGUGUUGCCACCUUUGCGAAUUGGUCAACCAGUUGGGUCAUCACUUACACUUUUAAUUUCCUCUUAGAGUGGAGCCCUGCAGGAACGUUUUAUAUAUUUGCCGGUGUAUGUGGAGCAAGUAUUUUGUUCGUAUGGUCGAUAGUUCCCGAGACCAAAGGGAAAACCCUAGAAGAAAUACAAGCUUCAUCUGUUUGCUAAAGGGUUUCAACCAUUAUCGUCGCAAUCUUCCCAAUCCGAAUUCGAGUCCUCGUUAAUUUUGUAUAAGAUUCGCUUUACCAACAAAAAUAUGUAGAUUUAAUAAUAAUGGGUCUUUUUGCUAUGUGUUGUUAACUUGUUAUUGAUGGCCUUGUGAAUACU